AUGUCGCUGGACUUGGCCGGCGAGCAAGGCACACGGAGCUCGCCCAAGCGCAAACAGCGACCAGCCAGCGGAACUGUGCCCAUAGACUUGACAACAUUCUCCGAAGAGCUCCCUGCCAACCAGAAGCGAGGUCACAAACGCGCACUAUUGACGUCUCUACCAGGUGAGAGACGGCGUGAUGGCGAAGCAGUGGAGGUCAAGGGGCUGCUGGUCGUAGCGGAACUGGUCGGCAAAGGGCAAGACUCGUCAGUCUUCCGUACGCUAGGCUCGAUCUACUGCGUCUUGGUGCGAAAGAGCAGCGGAUUGUCAUUAGAGACGGUGUCCAAGGACAGUCAUCAUACCAUCGUGUUAGAUGUUGACGCCAUGGACCUGGUGCAUGAACCCUCUGCGAACGACCUAAAGUUUCAGUUGCAUUACCAACCAAGUAGUAGUGGCAAUGGGCUGCGAUCGCCGUCCUACACCUUCACGGCUUCGACUAAGGAGGAGUAUGUCGAGUGGGUGAACGGCAUCCUCAGAUUCCAAGGUAGAGAACAAGAAAACACUUCUCACCAACAGGUACAGUCGUCUCUCGGAGAGUUCGUGUACGCCACGCCACCCAGAACCAAGCACAUCAUUCUUGUUCGUCAUGGCCACUACAUCAAUGCGCAUGUGCCUCAAGUAUCGGACUCGGAGCAAGUGCUUUCCCAGAUGGGAAGACAACAAGCUGAACAAACGGGCAAAUGCUUGGCAAUGGCUCACAACCGAGUCCCCACGCGACACGACAUCACUGUGUACCACAGUGAUAUGACGCGUGCAGUGGAGACUGCUGGUAUUAUCUCCAAUAACUUUGGAGAAGUGCUACUAAACCCGAGUCCAUUGCUACGUGAAGGCUGGCCUGGACUGCCAUACUCGUCCAGUCCUGUAAUUGGCGGGGAAACAGGUGCACGUGACAAUAGUGCAUACGAUGGCAUGCAGGAACGGAGUCGUAUGGACGUCAAACGGAUGCAGAAAGCAUUCAACAGGUUCUUCUUGAGCUCAGGUGAAGCUCAAGACGAGAGCGACGAAGAGUCCUACUGCGUACUUGUGUGUCAUGCCAACCUUAUCCGGUUCUUCUUGUGUCGUGCGCUUGGUAUCGCGCCUACGAACACGUGGGGUCACUUCGAGAUCAAUCAUUGUGGCAUCACACGUAUCGAUGUGUGUGCUAAUCGACCUAUCAAGGUCACGGCAGUGAACGAGACCGGUCACUUGCCCCAGUCCCUCAUCACGUCAAGCGAAGAUCAUCUAUAA